UAUAUUGUCAAUUCCAAAAUCAUCUGCUAAAAAUUAAUCUAGCUAUAGAGACGUGAAUUGUGAAUUUAAUGCAUUAGUUUUAGUUAUUUUUAAAUAACCGUUAAACACUACUUGUUAUAAUAAUUGAUAUGUAUAGUAAUAAUUAAAAUUUGCAAAGAAAUUUUAUCAACGUUAAAAUGACAACUGCCUCAAGAUUGAGAAUUAAACUAGCAGAAAGGAAAGAUGUACUAAUAGAAGCUAAGUCAGAUCUUUUAGAAUUUCGAACAGAAGACAAGUCGAUCAAGAUAUGUUGUAAAUGUACAGAUUCUGAGAAAACAGAAGAACUUCUUAAUUGGACAUACAACUUAGUAGAAGAAAAUGUUAAACACUAUUACGUUGAAUCACAAUGGGGAUGGAAUCCCAAACGAAAGAAGUCAGAAAUUAGUUCUAAAUGGGCACGCUUCCUAGUUGCAUAUCAUAAUGAUAUACCAGUAGCAUUUUCCAUGUUUCGAUUUGAUGUAGAAAAUUUUUAUACUGUUUUAUAUUGUUAUGAACUGCAAGUAAUUAAUAAAUAUCAAAAUUUUGGCAUUGGCAAACAUUUAAUGACUAUUUUAGAGCAUAUUGCAUUAAAGCAAAAUAUGGAAAAGGUUGUGCUAACUGUAUUCAAAAAGAAUACUGAUGCAUUCCAAUUUUAUAUGAAGAUUGGCUAUGAAAAAGAUGAAAUAUCUCCUGGUGAAGAUGAUGGCGAGGAUUACUAUAUUUUAAGUAAAAUUGUAAAACGAUGAUGACCCUAUCUUUCAUUAGAAACAUAAUGGUUAUCAGUUUGUAAUUGCAUUAAA